AUGUGUUCUCUGAUUCAUUUUUUGACAUAUGCAGGCACAUAUGCCCGCCGGCGUGAUCUUCCUCAAGAAGUCUUGGAUGAUGAUGACAGACACUGGGAUCAGCUUGGCGACCACAACCAAUUUCUGUGUCACCGAGUCCAACAUUUUUCCAAGCAAUUUUUCCACGAAAAUGCCGAUAUCAUGAAGUCGUUUGGCAUCCCGAGUUGGUCCAACAAUGAAUGGAACGAAUUUGAACAAGAAUGUGACGGGAUCUUCUCUAGUGCGAUGAUAACUCAUUCAAACUUUUCAAACAACCCUCACAAGGAUAACGAUCUGAACCCAUGGACAUACGGUCUAUUCAGCUACAUCAACCCAUCGACAGGCCUUCCCAUUUCCCCUGACAACUUGGCUCCAGGACAUGUGUUUUGGUUUCCUGAAUUCAACUGUGAGAUUGACUUUGGAACAUCUCCAGGGAUCAUCGAGCUGUUAUGGGCAAGUAACUCUGUUGAACACCAGACUAAAUAUCCACCAGCUCCGAUGCAAUCAACUCCUACAAUGACACAUUACGGAUCCUCUUUUCAAAUUAGCAAGCGUUUGAUGUAUAGAGCUAUUAAGUUAAAGAACAUGGCUGCUGAAGAAAGAAAAAAAAAAAAACCCUUUGCCAACAGAAAAGAAAACAACUAG